GCGUCACUAGUCUAUCUGCUGAAAAGUCUAUAGGGAAGGCGAGAAGGCGCCUCCUCUCGGCAGCCAAUGGGAAGGCGGCGGAAGGCGGCCCAAUGAGGAGGCAGAAGGAAAGAGCUCCGCGGCCAGUAGGAGAAGGGCAGGAGGAGGCGCGGAGAGCCGAGCGUGACGUCCGGGGGACGCUGCGCCAAGCUUGUAAACAGACCCUAUGGAGGUGCUGUUAAAGUUUCUGAUGCAGGUGCUGGCCUCUUCAAAGAUGGGGACUAAUAGCUGAAGGUGUCACAGACCCAACAAUCUCCUAAUCCUAGGCUGUGCAGCAACGUAUGGAUGAUAAUCUUCAGGAGGAAGCAGGAAUGAAAGGCAACACUCUGGAGAGUUCCACUUUUCAUCAGCCCCACAAGUUGACCUCUCAGCGACGAGUGGCUGAAGAAUGUGUCAGCACCCAACUACUAAGGAGCGCUGGAAAAGCCUGCUCUCCCCUAACAUGCUCAUUCAAAGAAGCCAAAAACCGGAAAAAAGCCAAGCUUGCUGAUAGAAGACACAUGAGUCCAAGCCUUGCCCCUCCAGUCCCUCCAGUGCUGGAACUACAGGGGAUGUCUUACGGACAAGUCUUCCAGAAUUUGGAUCUCCAUAGCCAGUGUCCUUUCAGUAUGCCACAGUGCAGGAGGACUCCAGAAAAUCCUGAGGCUGCCCAUGCAGCCCCUUACAUGUCAAUAUCUGCCCAUGCCAGACCAGGAGUGGAUUUGUCACAACCCCCGUCACUGAGUCACCAGCUGAUGGGUUGCUGUCAUCAAAACGCUCAUGAAUGCACGCCUGUCACGGACAACAGCAGAGUGACGAGUCUGUAUGCUGAACUGAUCAGAGAACUGGAGCGGCAGGUGGCAGAGUUGAGGAGAGCCCUGGCGUCUCGGGAGGAAGCUGCUGUGCGGCAGGAGAAGAGGAUCCAGGAGCUGGAGCUGGAGAACCGUGAGCUGAAAGCUCUCACCCAGAACUUAGAGGAGCAGAACGACUUCCUGUCCAUCAGGAACAGUGCAGGAGGAGGAGGAGCACCAGCCAGGGUGGUGCUGGGAACGGGACACUCUCUCUUUGAUGUCAAUGAAAACAAUAUUCAGUUCCUCAAAAGCCUGGUGGCAGUGCUGGAGAAUGUCACACCUUCACAGGUCAGUGGUCUGCAGCCACCACAUUCUAUGGAAGAUCAGAGGCACACGCCAGCCACUGUGCCACAUAUCUCACCAGGUUGGACGACACUGAACACAGAACCAGGUGGCUUGUCACCCUGGAUAAAUGCAGGAGAUGGUUCAGGAAGUCCUAUUGGGCUCAGUGAUGCCACCAGCACAUGGGACAACCAUGUACAAGAGACACUGUCUGAUGAGUCACCUGUAUGGGCAUUGCCAGUGGAGGCAGGUGAUGGGGGAAGAAGUCUCUCUCUGACCGGACACUGCAAUGAUGUUAAACAUAUUGUAAGGCGUUCAUUCAGAGGGAACAUUGGGUGGCAUGAAGCAAGACCUGUCUCUCCUUCUCCCAUUGGACAGGAGAAGGGGAGGACAAAGCUGGAACUGGUCCCCAACUCGCAAGUCUAUGUUUCCCACCACCAGCUGGAAGACCUAUCCCAAGUCUCCACCGACAAGCCUAAGCUGAUGACCAGACGCCUGUUGGAUUACUUCUUCUCUCGUGAAACUCUUGCCCGGUCUUCGGCCACUGGACAGCGCAUCGCCCACAACAACAUGACCAUGGAGAAGCCCACCCCAUUGCCGGUUGCUGUUGUAAAUGCUAUCAAAGAGUACGUCACCAAAACUUGUGGCAGAGGCUGCAAUUUCAAUGCAGUGAUCAACAGUAAAUGUGGGACCUCCCGAAGGGCAGUUAAGAAAAUGAUUGACCCGGACUGUCAAAGUGGACCGAAUGGCGUUACAACCACAAUUUUCCAAGAACCCCUCAAAGGGUAGCACAGUAACCCAUUUUGAACCAGGAUGACACAAAUUUGGGUUCCUUCUUGUGCAGCAAUAGUGGCAGAUGGAGAUCAUGGAGACCAGGUUCCUAUGGAUUGAGUCUUAACUUGCCAGUGCAGGGGACAGGGAAGAGAGGAUGGAAUUCGUAAUCUCUCUGUUGGAAAUCUCAGCAAGUGGGACGACCACAGAACUCUUCAUUUCAGGAAGCCUUGAAUGGACGGGAUGAGAACUUGACUCCCAAGUAUUUUCUGAGCUACGUGUUUGCCUAGAACAGUAAAGCAGUCUGAAAACAGAUUUCCCUAUUCUGUUACCUGAGAACCAUAAUUCUAAUUUCUUAUCCACUAGCAUCUCCCAAAAUGGGACCACCUCAUGCCUACUUGUUUUUUAAGUUUACUAGCUCACACUCAGUUUUACCUUCAGCUGCAAACCGUUUGGUGCUACUAGUUUUGUAACUUGCCCACGGUCCUCUCAAUCACCAUUAUUUUAUGAAGGUGGGAAGGUAAGUCAGAUAUCCAUUUAAAAAGUCACCCGCUGGUGGAUAUGAGCUCUCACCCAUUUCCUCUGCAACCCUCAUCUCCUGCAAACUGGUCUAGACAGUCAACCGUGGAAGCCACUUGUUACUGAAGCAAAAACAUGGCAAGACACUAGCUUCUAAUAAAUGUUAUAUUUCUUGUAAAUAAGACAAGUUUCAAACUGGA